UAUAUGUUUUCUUUUUCCUGCAACAUUGUACUUAAGCAUUGGGGCUAUUAUUGGAUUGAAAUUUAAUUUAUAUGACGAAAUCGGAUGGCAAAAAUUAACAACUGAAGACUUAAAAAAAAUUAGGGAAAGAGGUAUGGCAGCAUUGGGUAAACCAACAUUCACUUCACGAAAACCAUUCUUUAAUCUCGAUUUGGCAGAAACGCUUUUGUUCUUAUCCUCUGUUGUCUAUCUACGCGAAGAAGCAGAAGUUCGUAAAGCAGUAAGACAUUUAUCACAAAUUCAAGAUAAUUUAAAAAAUAAAGAGAAUGUUGAAAAAGCCGAUAUUGAACAAGUUUUUCAAGCACUUGAUAACGCCGAUAAUGGAGUUCGUAAAGUAGUUAAUAAUUGGAAUAUUCAAUUUAAAUCUGUAUCAGAAUUGGGCACUUCCAAAGGCGUUUAUGCUGGAUUGUUUUGGAGUGUCAAACACAAUUUUAUCGUAGUCUCAUUUAAAGGUACAAGUCCAACCAAUUUUUUAGAAUUAGUAGUUAACUUUACAUUCCAAAGAAAGGAUGGAAGAGGUUUCAUAUUCGGCGGAGUACAUGAGGGAUUCUACAACUGUUUAUUUCCAAAAGAUAAUCCUGGUUCGAUAUUAGCAAAAAAAGGGUUUCCUCAUUUGAGAAUAAUUGAAGCUAUUAAUGUUAAAGCCCGGGAAAUUUGUAGUAAGAAUAAGAAAGGACGUGUUAAUAUUUGGAUAACCGGUCACUCUCUUGGUGCCUCUUUGGCAACAUUGUUUUAUUCAAGAAUAUUGAAAUUACCUGGGAUCUUGAGCAGUGAUUGCGUUCUUAGAGAUGUUUAUUCAUUUGCAGGCCUAGCUGUUGGUGACAGUAACUUUUCAUCCGAAUUUUCUUCGCGAUAUAAUGAAAGUGAUACAACGCUUUGGCGUAUAAUUUGUGAACAAGACAUCGCACCACAUUUACCUCCAAAUAAUGGAGCAUUUCGUGCUCUACGUCAAUAUCUUACCACAAACGACAUUUUGAAUUAUUUUCAUGUCGGAGAUACGGUCAAAUUCUUCCAUAGGAAUAAAAAACCUAAAGCUGAUCAAAUCAUUUUCAAUCCUUCAAUUGAAUCCGCAAAUAAUCAGAUGUUAACUUGGAAUGACUGGAAAUUGAUGUUCAAUGAAGACGCUUUGACUGCAAAUCAGCUAGUAAAGAAUAAUUCAUCUAUUUAUGAUCAAGCUUUACUUCCUUACGAGAAUUUACUUAGAUUACCAAUACUUAAUAUGCUUCGAAGUCAUAUUCCGCAUCGUUAUUUUGCGGCAAUGGAAAAAUCUAGGCACCAUUUUCGAACAAAUAGUCCUUCUCUUUAA